AGAUAAAAAUUCCCUGCGUCAGUCGUCGACCGUUAGAGACGCUGCAGCAGCAGGUGGAGGGUGUUGUAAUCUGUCGUCCUGCGGGUCGUUUCUCUGGAAAAGAGCCUGAUUAAGUUAAGCUCACAGAACCGAACCGAACCCUUCAGUGAAAAUGGCUGAAAGCGACAACAAAAGCGCAAAUCUUUUAGCUCAGGAAACAGCCCAGCUGGAGGAGCAGCUCCAGGGGUGGAGGGAGGUGAUCCUAGCCGGAGAUCGGGUUCUGCGCUGGGAGCAGCCCUGGUUCCCUGGAGCUCUGGUUGGUGCGACCACCAUGGUUUUCCUGCUGAUUUACUACCUGGACCCGUCGGUGCUGACUGGACUGUCCGGCACCGUCAUGCUGCUCUGCCUGGCUGAUUACUUCGUUCCCACCGUCGCUCUCAAAGUGUUUGGCUCCAAUAAGUGGACCACGGAGCAGCAGCAGCGUUUCCAUGAGAUCUGCAACAACCUGGUGAGGAGCGAGCGCCGCGUCGUCGGCUGGUGGAAGCGUCUCUGCGUCCUGAAAGAGGAGAAACCCAAAGUGUACUUUGCCUCGGUGAUCAGCGGCCUGCUGGCGGUGGCCUGGAUCGGACAGCAGGUCCACAACCUCUUCCUCACCUACCUGAUCGUGAGCUUUCUGCUGCUGCUGCCGGGUCUGAACCAGCAUGGCGUCAUCUCAAAGUACACCUCCAUGGCCAAGAGGGAGAUCAACAAACUGCUCAAGCAAAAGGAGAAGAAGAACCAGUAGAGGAAGUGUGCAAAAUGGAGAGGAGAAAGAGAAGAAAGUUUGUAGAAAAGAAAAAGCAAAAACCGGAAGUUUAUGUCUGAGCAAGAAGCACUUUGUUUCCACACAUCUGAUGAGUUUAAUUUCUUCACACUUCCCACCGUGUGACAUUCAACCGUCAUCACCCCUUCCACAGGCACCACAUGACGUUAAUCACGUGUGAAAAAUCCUUUUUUCAUAAAUCAGCUGUGCUUUGUUUUACAGUCAGCAAUGCUUUAAGCCAUUCCCUCGGAUUAGACGGAGACUACUGAGCAGUUCACGCAUUGCUGCAUAUUUUAACCUGGUUAUUCACAGCAAUUCUUUCAGGGGGCUUAGUUAGGGUAAAAUAGCAGAAUAUGAACGUUUUUAUGUUUGUGCUUUGUUGCUUUAUAUUUGAACACAGUGCUGAAAACUAACUGGAUUUAAAGCUGAGCUAAUCAGGAGAGAAGCUGCCUGGAGACGAAAGUUCUGCUGUAUCUGCUGGAUGAAAACAGAUCUGAUGCUUUUAAAACCACAGAGAUGUGACGUUAUGGGGGUUCUCUGUUUAAGACUGUCCUGUCUUGGUAGACAUUUCUUUUCUUAUUUAUGUGUUUGAUCUCUUUUCUGUUCUCAUUUCAUUGUCUUUGUGAGAUCCCAGCAAUCAAUAAAGUUUGAUUUUAAAUGAC